AUCUGCAAAAACCCAAAACCUAUACUACUGCCCAAAUUUCCAUCUACUCUGAUAGAUAAUGGUGUGUAGUUGGAAAGACAACAGGAUAUCAUCAUCAUAAUAACAUCAUCAUCAUCACUCACUCACAGAACAUGAUUUGUGCAUCAAAAAUAACGAUGCUCGGGCUUUUAGUGAUGUGCACUCUUGGGGGAGUUUUGGGUAAAGUAGAUAUCCGUCAAACGACUGCCAAUAAAGCCUUCAUGGAAACAAUGCGUGCAGAUGGCUACGAAGUUGUUCACCCCUUCCAAAUUCGCGAUAAAAACGAACGAAUCGGAAUUGACACGCGAAAUUAUUUCCUAAAAGCUCAAGAACACUACUCUCACGUGACAAUUGUGAUACGAUCCAAUCAACUGGGCCGUCUGAAGCUGGUCUUGGAACGAAAUAAUUUCAUAUUCCUGAACCAGACGGCUUUCCACAAGUUGGAUGCGGAUGGCGAGCGGGUUAUUCAAAAUCGUGUGGAAAAUUGCUACUAUCAGGGUACUGUAGGCGGAGAGGAGAGCUCAUUUGUGGCGUUGAGCUCGUGCAACGGGCUCCGUGGAGUUAUCUCAUUCGCGAACGGAACUACAUUCGGAAUAUGGCCACUAGAUGGCGGGGAUCGGAAUUCGAGAAGGCAUCCGCAUAUUCUAUAUAAAUCCGAAUGGAGUCAAGAGGCAAAGUGUGGAAGUUCGAUGGCUCAUGCGGUUGGUCAACGGCGGAUGAAGAAGCAUGUUCAUAAGCAUCGGAGCCAUCAUCAUGAGCAUAAUAAAAAACGAGAUGUUUCGAAAAGGACGAAAUAUGUGGAAGUUGCGCUUAUUGCUGAUUAUGAAUUUAUGAAAGCCCGCGGACUUCACGAUCUGGAUGCCAUCUCAUAUAUGCUCGAAUCAUUGAAUAUUGCGGAUUCGAUGCUCUCCCGUGACCUCAACAUUCGCCUUUCCGCUGUAUACGUCGAACUUUGGACUGAUGUUCAACGAAUCGAUCUUUGGGAAGAUAUUGAGCGAACUUUGAGUGGUGUCGUCGAUUAUGCUUCUGGGCACAUUUAUCAUAUUCAAAAAGACGCUUCGAUCCUCUUCACAGCCGGCUCAUUUGCCAAUCAAGAAGUGUCGAAUGCGGCGAUUCGGAGUAUCUGCACCGCUCGUUCGGCAGUAAUUGUGAAGGGUGUCGAACAAUUCGCGACACACUGGAACGGCGAGCUUCUGGCUCAAUCGAUUGGCCAUUUGCUCGGGUUGGAGCAUGAUACGACUGCGUGCUCGUGUGAACCAUCGCCAGAAUGUGUGAUGCGGCAGCAGCCGGGACGAGUUGGCGGUGGUGGUGGUUCUCCGUUCUCGUGGCAAUUCUCAAAGUGUUCGGUGGCUAGAAUGCAUGGAAUAUGGCAGGAUGGGAAUAUUCAGUGUUUGCUGAAUAAGCCAUUUCAAGUCUCGGAACUUCGCGAGUGCGGCAACGGUGUCGUCGACGGUUCCGAAGAAUGUGAUUGUGGAAGUCGUGAGAAUUGCCAAGAUCCUUGCUGUGACCCGCUAACAUGCACACUCCGUCCACAUGCUCAAUGUGCCGCCCAUCACAAAUGCUGUCAUCGUUGCGAACUUCGAAAAGCUGGCGACACGUGUCGAUCUUCAAAAUCUCCGUGUGACGUAGCCGAGCAAUGUGACGGAAAAUCGGGAGACUGCCCGCCUGAUGGUCAUCUAAUCGACGGUACCGUCUGUGGAACUGAUGGACAAUGCUGGAGAGGAAACUGUUCGGAUAGUCACCAACAAUGUCAGAAGCUUUGGGGACGAGAAGCUCGAGUUGCGGAGCCAGUGUGCUUUGAGCAGAAUACCAAAGGAGCCGAGUACGCGAAUUGUGGACAGCGGCAAGCCGACGGAACUUAUCACCCAUGUCAAAUUGAGGAUACCCGAUGUGGAACCCUACAUUGCCACAGUGGAAGUAUAACUCCGAUCGACUCGUCACUCAAAGCUUUUACCUUUCAUUUCACGGAAAACUCACACCAAAUCCAGUGCAAAUCGAUUGCGUCAGCCGCGGUUGGUCUGACAUCCGACGGCACAAAUUGUGCAUCCGGAAGAGUUUGUGUGGCUGGAAGUUGCGUGGAGAUGAGCUCGGUGAGCUCUGCGACCGCUUGUCCUACCAAUAAUCUUGCUCUUUUGUGCUCCGGCCACGGCCAUUGUACGACUACAGCGAGAUGUGUGUGUUUUAAUGGGUGGUCUGGGGUGGCUUGUGAUAUUCGAUCGAAUUCGUCGACUUAUCAAGGAAGUAUGGGAUUUGGGGAAGAAGGUUCGGGGGGAUCUUCACAAAAAUCAUCCGAGAGAAAAACCAUCAUGAUACCUCACCUGAACAUUGGAACCACCCUGGAGACUGCUACCCUUUUCGCGAUUCUUCUCGGAUUCGGAGUCUUCCUACUCCUAUGCCUGGUCUGUCUGAUGCUUUGCUAUCGGCGACGUUCGGUGGUGGAGAUCCCGAAGCCCAGCGAUGAGAAGGACGAGGAAUCCCCAGAUCGGCAGAUCAAAUUCGGCAAUAUGCCAUCGUAUCGGGAAGAGAAGCGGAAACGGAAGAGCAAUAAGAAGAUCUACGGAGCGCUGAAUCGGAUCACGGAGGCUGACGAGCGGGAUUCGACGAGUUUGCGGUCGAGGGAUAGUGCUGGAGGAAGUCAGCAGUUGGUGGAUAGGAGGAAUGGGGCGCCCGUGGUUGUUGGGGGGAUACGCGAUCCCUACGCCGGAGAGCACAUCUACGCAGAGUCCUCCUCAAAUCAUCUGACUCGUCAAUUCCGUGGAAUCAACUCCGAUGGCUCAUAUCCUCUCCGAUCUUUCGGUUCAUGGCGAUCUUCGGCUCCAAUCAGUCCGGCUUCUUCCUCAGGCCAACUGACUGAUGUGAGCACUGCGACAACUCCGCUGAGGCUUAACAAGAUUGGAAAAUUCCUGAAAACACUGCAAUCCGACGAUGAAUCGCCAUCUCCGUUCUCUGAUCAUCAAAGUUUCACCACUGGAAUUGGAAUCGGAGCCCGCCUGGAGCAGAUGCAGUUUGGAGGCGGAGGAGACGAAGAGCUAUCCGCAGUUGAAGCGGAUCAUGAUGUAGGAUCCAAUACGGAAUCAUCAAGAGGAUGUGAAGAACCAAUGGAUCCUGGAAGUUGGGAUUCCCCGACGCUGGUUAAUGGAGCUUCUUCUUCUUCAACAUCGAAUAAUUAUAAUUUCCGACAAAGUCCCUCACUUUUCAGUGAUCCUUUUAAGCUAGAAAUGACCAAUAGUAUGCACAAUUAAUUGAAUUUCCUUCUUUUUUUUGAAUUUUUUUUUAAAUCUCAAUUUCUGCGGGUCCUAUAUGUAUAUUUUAUUCUUGUACCUUUUGUUUUUAUUUUUUUUUACCUCACAUCAAAUCCCCAUUGCUCACAAAUCCUCAAUAAAUACUCGUUU